UGUGCAUGUGAUCUAAAUCAUGUGACGAGAUGUGUCACAUGACGCGAAACGGAAGCAGUAAAGUGCAGUUUAUUCUAACCCUGGACUGCUGAUUUAUAGAAAAAACGACGACGGCAAGGACUGCACGAGAAAGGACUUGAGCUAGUACAAAAAGCCGACAUGGGUGUGCCAGAACUGGAGGAAUCUUCGUUGUCACUGGACGCAAAGCUGCUCCGUUUCAUGGACCAGCUGGAGUUACUGGAGGAGAAACGGGCCACUCUCAACUCUCUCAUAGAGCAGGGAUGGUUUUCCAUGUCCAAGGCACGAUAUUCCAUGGGAAACAAACAAGUCUCUGCACUUCAGUAUGCGAGUGAGAUUGAGCCACUUGUCUGUGUUCACGCUAGAACACUGGACAAUUGUGAGGUGGAGUUCUGCACAGAAAGAGUUACACAAAGUAAAGAGUCUGGAAAAGAUGUGAGGUCCAUAGAGGAUAUUGGACCUCAAGAAGAUGGUGUCAGGAGAAGAAACAAACCUAUAAAGGAUAUCACGGAAAAAGAGGCAAAUGAUAAAGCAACUAGUGAGAAAGCUCCUGAAGUAACUCCAGUAAAAAGAAGGGACCAGGAUCCUCAGCAAGAUCCACUGAAAUGGUUUGGGAUUCUGGUGCCACAAUCUCUUAAACAAGCACAGUCGUCAUUCAAGCAAGUUAUAGAGCUGUCUGCUGAGAUUGCAACCCUCCAGACUGCAGUUUUGAACACCAGACAGGAGCUGAAGAACGGCAUGAAAGACAAACACGUUCUCCAGGAGAGAACCUCAGCAGCUGAGGUGGACAAGGUGGCAGACUAAAUAACACCAUCGAGGCAAAGCUGGAGAUGAUCUGACAGGAGCCUGUGGCCACAGAGAGUGACUGAUUGGAGUCAGUAGAUUAUACGUCAGGGCCCAGUGAACUUGAACUGGUGGAUUUCUAAGUGAAGAUCACAGAUGUAGCUUUUCCUUCUUGAUGAUUAAUUGGUAUUAUAUACUGUUUUGUGCUGUUUUGACUGUCUGACUGAUACAUGUGUAGCUUGUUUGAGAUGGAUGUAUUUGUAAACGCUGUCUUUGAGCAUUUCUCAGGAUCAAUUAAAUCUGUGUUGUCGCCUGUAAUAGAUUAAUUCAUAAAUAUAAAAAGAACCUGUUUGACCUUUUUCAAUAAAUGAUCGGUACCACUUUCUGA